AUGAUUUCCCUUCGAAGCAUCAUUCUUGCCCUCACUCUGGCUCCAUUUGCUGCAGCCUUUGCUCCUACUUUGACUUCAUCAUCAUCUUUCCAAGCCCUCAAGGGCGCCGAAAGUGAAGUUUCCUUUGGUGACUUGGACGGAAAGGACGUUCGCGUUGGAAUCAUUCGCACCCGAUGGAACGACGAACACGUUGCCAACCUAGUAAAGGGAUGCCGCGAAGCAUUGAAGGAUUGCAAUGUCAAGGACGAAAACAUUUUUGAGACUUCAGUUCCUGGAGCCUACGAACUUCCAUUAGCUGCACGAUUCUUGGCCUUGAGUGGUACUGUCGAUGCCAUUGUCACUGCUGGAGUCUUGAUCAAGGGAGAGACCCUUCACUUUGAAUACAUUUCCGAGGCCGUUUCGUCUGGUUUGAUGAGCGUCGGAUUGCAAACGUCCAUGCCUGUUGUCUAUGGUGUAUUGAACUGCCUGGACGAAGAGCAAGUCACGAAACGUAGCAGUGGGGACAAUAACCACGGAUACGACUGGGGAAAGACUGCCGUCGAAAUGGCCUUGCUGAGAAACGAAGCCUUGAAUAUAAAGACAGACGACAAGCCAACCUUGGAAGGCAUUGGAUUCAACAAGCCAGAGAAGGUGGGAGAAAAGAAGAAGGCCCCUGGAUUCUUCUAG